ACCUCCUAUCAGUUUUCUCCACGUGGUCCUCCACAUCUUCUUCGCCGGAACACGUCACUACCAGAGCGACCUGAGCAUCGGAUCCGGACACGGUUCAACUGACACGUGGCUACAUUGGAUGAUGCAAUGACGCCUGCGAGAUACGUACAUCAAGCGAAAAAUUCAGUCACUUGAGUUUCGAGAGGAGGGAAGAGAAGGAGAGAGGCGUAGGCAAGCUCGUCACUUUAUUUAUAUAUUCGAUUUUCCAUAUUCGAAUUCGAAGUUUCUUUGUCUUAGGAAGAUCGAUACUCACACACUCAAAUGAAAGAUUUAUAGAUUGUUUGGGUUUAUUGGUGCAGUAAUAUCCCUUUGAUUUCUCCCUUCUUUUCUCCUUUUGCCGGAGAGAGAACCACCCUGUAGUGGAAGAUGGAGCGGUGGGACAAGGUUGCGCAUCCUGUGCGGAGAGUUUUCAAAGGCGUCGCUUUGCGAAUUGGGAUUCGCAAACGAGGGCUAUUGAAACUACAUCAUGAUGUAAGGGCUUGUGAAUAUGAGGAUGUUCGUGUUAUGUGGGAGAUGCUAAGAAGAAAUGAAACUGAAAAUGCUAAACUUUCAGGCAAGAACAAGAAGAGAUGCUUUUGGGAUUGCUUUAGCUGGACUCCAUAUUUUUGCCACAGCUGUUGAUCAUUUAAAUUGUGAGAUUUCUCAGAAACUAGUUAGCGGAUGCAUUUGAAAUGAGUGAGAUAUGAAUGUGGGUUGAUAAAAGAAAGGGGAGCCUCCAUAUCAUGUGUGAUAGUCUUGUUUACUUUUCUGUCGACCAUUUGUAUAUAUCAUCUGCCUCCCCAUUUUGAUGGAUAUGAUCCAUCCUUGUCACUUUAUCUCCAAUAGAAAAACUAAAGAUUUUGUGGCAUAUGUGAUUUAUGCAUUUUGCAGUAGUGCAUUGAUGCUAUUUCAUGUGUUCUAAA